GCGAAGGAAUGGAGUCGAGAUCAUCGAGCUCCUGUCGACUUCGUCCGAAGAAGAGGACGAAGGCACGGGGAUAGAACGCUCAGUGGAGUGUUUAGAGGGCAGUGCCCGGUGCUUUGGCUCCUCCAGCAGUGCCGUCAGUCGGGCGGAUUCCCAUACACACACCCAAGGGGCCAACGGAGCGCAACGGACUUCACGACUUGAGCCGCCAGCUCUCAACAUCGUACCCAGCAAGAAGAAGAACCAACUGAAUCCCAACGACUCGCACUUGAGUUCACACAGACUUCGGCGUCGACGUCGACUGGAACAUUUACCAAGCCCUCAAAAAUCCCCUCCAAACGCGCCUUUGCAACUUGAACAAUGCCCUUCGUCAAAUGCACUUCCGUCUAUCAACCAAAGGACACCGUCACCACAAUGCAGCCUUCAAUCUCCCCAUGCUGAAUACACGUCCCAGACAUGGCACUUCGGGGAACCAACUCCACCCACUGUUCCGCAAUCAAUGGCGCUGGUCCCGUCCUCCUUUGAUCCGGAAGACGCGUUCGUUCAACUUGUUCGAGUGGCCCAUAGCCUACAAUCCGAAUGCUCAGACUACACGUACCUUCAUCCAACCUUCACAGUUCCAUCAGAGGCGCCAUGGCCGGUGGAAUGGGCAGGCCGGGAUGUCGAUGUGUCGGCAUUCCGUGAAGCGUACUGCGUGGGACAAUUGCGCGCAGAGACCGUCGCGCAGCUCUCUGCACUUCGGUUUGUCUGGGACGACGAUCUCGAAGCGCUCAAGUGGAAGGUGCACCUAGGUGCACUGUUCACGUACAAGAUUCUAUACGGCAAUGUUGCGAUACCGCCAUCGUUUCAUAUUCCAGUCACAGCAGCGGCGGCGGACCCGCCAUGGUCCAAGGAUAUUCGGCGCAGUGAGCUGCACCUCGGUGCCAUCGCCCACGCUUUACGGCUGAACCGUUCCACCAUGCCCGAGCUUCAACGUGAUCAACUGGACCACAUGGGGUUUGUGUGGGACCUGGCCGACGUGGAAUGGGCAAUUCGACUCGCUGCUUUGACAGCAUUCAAGCAUAUCCAUGGCCAUUUGCACGUGCCGACGACGUUUGUUGUGCCCGACGGCGACCCAGCCUGGCCUGCACCUACGUUCAACCUACCGCUUGGGUGGGUCGUCGUGUCGCUUCGACUGAAAAAGAACUCGCUAGCGUCGGACCGAGUGCAGUUGCUGACGAAGCUCGGGUUUGUUUUCAAACCGUGGCGAGUAGUUCACGCGCCGCCGCAACGACGCCAGGAGCCUGCACGCCAACGUGUGCCGCUUGGUUCGCGUCCUUCUCCUCCGGCACCACAGCGCAUCAUGCCGAAUCCCCCACCCAUUCCAUUGAAUCCGAUUCAAAAUCCUGGAACAGGUAUUCCGAGGCUGGUGGUGUCGCCCCACGCGUCAACAGGACUGCCCUCGGAACAGCGUCGACGUCCCGUUGUGACCAGGUACUGCACCGUGGAUGCAGACCUGCAUUACCUCGGCGCAUAUGCAUCGCCACGAUUCCCAAUGUUUCAAACGAGGGCUUUGCCAACGACGGUCGAGUGGACCGACUACGGCGAAGGUGUGCGGGGGGAAGUGGGCUGGUCAGCGUGGCCCUCGUAGUCACAGCUUGCCGCGAUGCCAAAAGCAAAAAUCGACUCGUGCUUGCUACGAGAACGCGCGAUGGCAUAUGAUUCGUGACAAGAUGGUUGGACUCUUGUCCUGCGCAUGCUGCUGCCAUCGCGAAACUCGCAUGCUGCUCGCUCCGUGGACUCGAG